AUGCGGAUCAACACCGCUCGCCUCUCGAUCGCGACGGUCGCGUCGGCGCCGCUGGCGGCGUCGCUGCUGGUCGCGCCCGACUCCCCUUGUUCAAAAUUCUGCGGCACUACCCUGUCCUCAACACAAGUAGAGGAGAUGGCCUGUGACACUGGAACUCUUGCAAAGACGUCGAAAGGCGCCGUGUGGGAGCAAUGUAUUGGCUGUCUGCUCACCAGCACUCAUAUCUCUGGAAACCAGUCAGAUAUGCAAGCGCUUCUCUAUAAUCUGCGGUUCAAUGUCGACCACUGCCUAUUUGAGGGUGAUGCCAACCCAUGUAUAACCGGUCGGGCAUGCGAGCCGCUUGAGGGUGCCGUCAAUUACCAAAAUAUGACCACCGCUGUGGGUGCCUACGACUAUUGCCGGGCCUGGUCAGGAGACGUCGUUUUUCACCAAUGCUUGCCAUGUCUCGUCAAUCUCGGAGAUGAAUGGGGCGGCAUGUACCUGAACAACUACAUGACGGUUCUAGAAGCAGCGUGUGAGCAGAAGCCUGCACCCGGUUCCACUGUCUCGAUCAACGGCGAUGUCUUCAGCAGUACCACCAAUAUUACCAUCGUCGCGCCGCAACCAGCCUAUUCAACAGUGCCAACACCAGACUACGGCCCUGUCUCCCUCGGCGCGCGUGUCGGCAUCGCCUUCGGCGGCCUAGCCUUUCUCCUCGCCAUAGCCGGUUUCUGCAUCGUGUGCAACGGCAAGCGGAGGAGACGCGCCUUUUUACGCGAACUGGAGCGGCGUCAGGGCGCACAGGGUUGGCCGCACCCGAAGACCCGGUACGGUGGCGGCAGCGGCGAGGACAUGUUCGAGACGCCCGUCAGCCAGAAGCCGCUGCGUGGAUGGGACAAUGAGAGCCCCGUGAGCGCGCCGUCUGGCACGCCACACCAGCGCUACUUCAGCCCCUAUUCGAGCCAGUACACCAGCCCUGUGACGGGGCCUGAAGGACCCGGUCCCAGUACCGCCAACUGGCCUUCAUUCCCGUCCCAACAGCAGCUUAACCAGCUGAUACAGACUCAGUCGCCGGCUCACAGCUCACCACCGCCUGCCUUUUCGCAGUGGCCAACUGCGACGCAGGAGAAGAUGCUGAUGCAGGUGCAUGCACAUCACGAGCAAAGACAGAAUGAGCUUGCAAUUGGAAUCGCCUUGGGUGGGGACGAUGCGAGCCUGCGGUCCAAAGCAUCGAAUCUGAAUCUGAACGGGUACCCCAUCGAAUCCAAGGGUAAGGAGCGCGACGAGGCAUACGAGAUGCACGAGGUACAGAGUCCGUACGAUAAUGGGAAUGGGAAUGGGGAUGCUCAGAACUACGGCUAUGUUGCCAGGUUGCCGGCUGAGCCGCAGGCGCCGGUGCUGCAUCACCCCGGCUAUGGGAGGCAUCACGGCGCCACAUCAACAUAUCAUAGAUUUCCAAUGGCGGACUCAAUGGCAGUCGUGAGGAAGGAGGGUAAGGAGGAUGAUGGCCAGUGGGUCAUCAAGCCUGAAAACACGGUGCCGUCACUGGACACGAGCACCUGGCCCCUGCUGCUCAAGAACUACGACCGGAUGCUUGUGCGCUCCGGCCACUUCACGCCGAUUCCCAACGGUUCAUCGCCCUACAAGCGCGACAUCAAGUCUUAUGUCUCUAGCGGAGUUAUCAACCUUGACAAGCCGUCUAACCCCUCGUCGCACGAGGUUGUCGCUUGGCUGAAGCGGAUGCUUCGUGUGGAAAAGACUGGUCACUCCGGCACUCUUGACCCCAAGGUCACCGGUUGUUUGAUUGUCUGCAUAGAUCGCGCCACACGCCUCGUUAAGGCCCAGCAGGGAGCAGGCAAGGAGUACGUUGCUGUCAUCCGGUUCCACGCCACAGUCCCCGGCGGUGAGCCCGCCUUCGCCAAGGCUCUCGAGACCCUCACUGGUGCCCUGUUCCAGCGCCCGCCUCUUAUCUCGGCCGUCAAGCGACAGCUCCGUAUUCGUACGAUCCAUGAGAGCAAGCUCCUCGAGUUUGACAACGAUCGCCAUCUCGGCGUCUUCUGGGUAUCCUGCGAGGCCGGCACUUACAUCCGGACGCUCUGCGUGCACCUGGGUCUGCUGCUCGGCGUUGGCGCGCACAUGCAGGAGCUGCGCCGUGUUCGUAGUGGUGUCAUGUCGGAGGACAAUGGCUCGCUGGUUACUUUGCACGAUGUCCUCGAUGCCCAGUGGCAGUAUGACAAUUGCGGGGAUGAGUCGUACCUGCGCAGGGUCAUCCAGCCGCUUGAGACGCUGCUCUGCACAUACAAGCGUCUUGUUGUCAAGGACUCGGCUGUCAAUGCCGUUUGCUAUGGUGCGAAGCUCAUGCUACCGGGUCUGCUCCGCUAUGACCCUGGCAUUGACGCUCAUGAGGAGGUUGUCCUCAUGACGACCAAAGGCGAGGCUAUCGCCAUUGGUAUCGCCUUGAUGAGCACUGUUGAGAUGUCUACUUGCGACCACGGCGUCGUUGCCAAGGUUAAGCGCUGCAUCAUGGAGCGCGAUCUCUACCCCCGCCGCUGGGGUCUCGGUCCUGUUGCGCUUGAGAAGAAGAAGCUCAAGGCGGAUGGAAAGCUCGACAAGUUCGGCCGGCCAAACGACGCUACCCCGGCCAACUGGAAGCAGAGCUACACUGACUACGGCGUAGCGGCCGAGGCUGUUGCUACCCCUACCGCUCUUCCUGCUCCCGAGCAGCCCGAGGCCGCCCUACCGGAGAAGAAGAAGCCUGAUGCCCUGCCUGAGCCGGCCACAGAGGAGAAGGCUGACGCGAACACGAAGAAGAAGCGGAAGAAGCACGAGGGCGAGACGCCCGAGGAGAAGGCGGAGCGAAAGCGCCAGAAGAAGGAGAAGAAGGAGAAGAAGGGUCACAAGGGAAAGGAGGCGGACAAGGAGGACGACAGCGAUUAG